ACACGAUGCAACAGUAGAAAAAGUGUACGCAAAGUUUAAAGAAGAAAAAAAAUUGUAUAUUUUUGUUGUUGUUGUUGUUUUGAGGGAUUACCUGACGUAGAGAGUGACAUAGAUUCCUGUGUGCCCAUCAUAAAGUUUUGCAAACUCUACCGCGGCUGGCGCUCUUGCAGAGGAUAAUCGAACUUUAUUUGUUUGGUUUUGUCGCUGUUGCUCCUUUCAUGGAUUACAAAUGAAAAUCGAGGCCAGCAAGGACUUCAGAUGAUGAUCAACAGCAAUGGUAUUUAAAGGAAAUUCAGGAUGACGAAUUUGCCCUUCAGCUGCUGCUACCGAACGCGAACGUCCUUGGUAAGAGGAUUAACUUGGUAUUCAUUAUCUGACAUAAGCAUAGGAUGGAGGCUACUGAUGGGGUUGCUCAUAUUCAACUGUGUUGGUGAAUGCGAUGUAGCAGCAUUUGAACCAGAUUUUGUGUUUCCAUUGGAAAACGUGACUGUAGCACAAGGUCGUGAUGCCACAUUCACAUGCGUCGUCAAUAACCUAGGUGGUUAUAGGGUGAGUGGGGAUGGAGCUCAAGCAAGGGUGGCUUGGAUAAAGGCAGACGCCAAAGCGAUUCUCGCUAUUCACGAGCAUGUUAUAACGAACAAUGAUCGAUUAACUGUCACACAUAAUGACUUCAAUACAUGGACACUGGUAAUACGAAAUGUCAAAAUGGAGGACUCUGGCCAGUAUAUGUGUCAAGUGAACACAGAUCCGAUGAAAAUGCAAACAGCUCGACUAGAAGUUGUGAUUCCACCCGAUAUUGUAAAUGAAGAAACCUCCGGCGAUAUGAUGGUGCCGGAGGGUGGCUCUGCCAAGUUGGUGUGUCGUGCUCGAGGACAUCCCAAGCCAAAAAUAACGUGGCGUCGCGAAGAUGGCAGAGACAUCAUUGCACGCAACGGAGCCCAUCAAAAGACUAAGGCUUUGGCAGUUGAAGGUGAAAUGCUGACGCUGUCAAAAGUCACGCGAUCGGAAAUGGGCGCAUACAUGUGCAUAGCAUCGAAUGGAGUACCUCCGUCAGUGAGUAAACGCAUGAAGCUACAGGUCCACUUUCAUCCUUUGGUGCAAGUACCAAACCAGUUGGUGGGUGCUCCCGUUUUAACAGAUGUCACACUAAUUUGCAAUGUCGAGGCAUCCCCAAAGGCGAUAAAUUAUUGGCAACGGGAAAACGGUGAGAUGAUAAUUGCCGGUGAGAGAUAUCACCUAACGGAAAAGGAGAACUCAAUGUACGCCAUGGAAAUGGUACUGCACAUAAGGCGUUUGCAGACCAGUGAUUUUGGCGGCUACAAGUGUAUCUCGAAAAAUAGCAUCGGCGAUACGGAGGGUACCAUUCGACUUUAUGAAAUGGAAAGACCUAAAGGAAAAUCGCAAAGGGAUGAUGAAGCUAAUGAAGUUGCGAAAAACGAUGCAAUUCUCAAUGAAAAUCGUCGCGAAGAUGGUUCCCGUAAUCAAAAUGGUCGACUAUAUAAAGAACGUGGUGAUCCUGGCCUUUAUAAUAGUUGUACGAAAACUAAACAAUUUUCACUAAAAACAAUAAUAACAUCAUCAUUAGCUGUUUUAUUAUUACAAUCAUCAUCAUGGCUAAGCAUAAAACAAUGUCGCUAUUUAUAGCUUCAAGGAUAAAUAUUAUUAUAAUAUUAUAAUAUAUUAUUAAAAUAUAGAUUAAAUAUAUAUUUAAACAAAAUAUUUAAAAACAAAAAAAAAAAUUAAAAAAUAUAUAUAUCAAAUAAAGCGAACAAAAUUAAAUGUUACCUCGUUAGAUAA